CAUUUGCAAGUACCCUUUUACUUCAUAUCCGAAAAGAAUCUUUGAUCAUCUCCCUCUAAAACGAAAAAAAUAUAUUGUUUUUAUUUUGAGAUCAGUUUACGAAGAUGAAGAAGAGGCAAGUCGUGAUAAAACAAAGAAAAAGCUCAUACACUACGACUUCUUCUUCGAGCAACGUCCGUUACGUUGAGUGCCAGAAGAAUCACGCCGCUAAUAUCGGUGGCUACGCCGUUGAUGGUUGCCGUGAGUUUAUGGCAAGCGGCGGCGAAGGAACCGACGAUGCUUUGACGUGCGCUGCUUGUGGCUGUCACCGGAAUUUUCAUAGGAGGGAAGUUGAAACGGAGGUUGUUUGCGAGUAUUCUCCUCCGAACUGAAUCAACUAAUUAGCAAAGAUGUAAAAAAAAAGGAAGACAAUCCAAGAAAACUUAUUGGUGACUUUGGUUAUAAGAAAAAGCUGCUUUGGAGUUGAUUUAUUGAGUAAUAUAUAUAUAAGAAAUGCAUUAAUGUAUGUAUAUGGUUAUUGAUGUAUAGUAAUCAAAUGCUUGCAUUAACGCCGAUCUAUAAAAUUAAUGAUUCUUCAGUCUUGAUGUGUUGGAGUGUUAUAUAUACUUCAUCAAUCAUCAUUUUAUCGGGUCUUUGUUUUGUUUCUAGUAGCCAAAAAGUGUUAGAAGAUUUCUAAGUAGCAGUCUACUACAAUAUAAUGAGCUGUAGAUAACUUUAGUAGAAGACGUACAUAAACUAAAACCAUUAACAUUCUCUCAACGUAAGAGUCUCCAGUCUACACUCAUCUUGAUUGAGCUAAUAGCAUUCGGAUAUUAUAAUCUAUAUUUGUAUGUCAAUGUUGUAAGUGGAUGCAUAAAAAAUAAUUUUCUUAUCUGAAGGAGAUGAUCAAUCCUUAUAAGAUAAGAGCACUUGCGUUGAAAGAGAUGAAUCCUUAGGAGCACUGGCAAUCUCUUUCAAUACUUAUUUUCGUUAUGUUUUAAUGGGCUUAUGCAGAUUUUUAAAUGGAACCGAAAUUAAUAAGCGAGUAAGAAGUUGAUAAGAUUUUACCAAAAAUAGUUG